CCCCCCCCCCCAGAAAACGAGAGAAAGAACUUCAAGCCUGAGGCAGCAUUAUCAAUCUGUCUGGCGUCUCUUUUCCUUCAUCCUCUGCCCAUCUGGAUUCCACACGGCCUCUUCACACUUUGUAACAAACCUCGGUUGGCUCACGCCCUUCGACAGACACUUUGGGGUCAAGGUUUGUGUCGACAGGUAAGAGGAGGAAGAAGAAGGAGCACAUGCCCUUAUUUAGAAGAAGGGUCUGUCCGGCGCGUCACCGCUGACUCGCGACGGCGCAGCCACAACUUUGACAAGUGCGUCGGCGGCGGCGGCUCCAUUUACGCGCACACGCAUGGAAUAAAGACGACGAUGGAGUUCUUCUGGGGCAACAUCUGCUUGGUUGUGACACUUAUCAUCGUUGACAGCGUCGGCCAGUCACGGUGCUUCAACGUCGGCACCGCAGGCGCCAAGGUUUUCAGCGGCCCGGCGGCGGAGGAGUUCGGCUACACAGUCCUGCAAACGACAAACCACCAAGGCAAAUGGCUCCUGGUUGGCGCCCCGUGGAGCGGUUACAGCCGAAACACGAAGGGGGAUGUUUACAAGUGUCCAGUCACAGGGUCCAGAACCAGCUGCGACAAGCUCAAUCUUCAAGAUUCUGUCAGUAUUCCAGAUGUUAGGAACGUGAACGACAACAUGCGCCUGGGUUUGACUCUCACCCGGAUGCCGGGAGUCAAUGACUUGAUGAUGUGCGGUCCUCUUUGGGGACAGCUGUGUGGCACUCAAGACUUCUACCCUGGAAUAUGUGCAAAGCUGAGCCCCCUCUUCGCGCCCCAACCUGCCUUCUCUCCCGCCGUCCAGACAUGCGGAGGACCUAUGGACAUCGUGAUCGUGUUGGACGGCUCCAACAGCAUCUAUCCUUGGGAGCCGAUGAACCACUUCCUCCAGAAACUGAUCCCAGCGCUCGACAUCGGGCCAAAAAACACACAGGUCAGCGUCAUUCAGUACGCCGUCGAUCCCCAGUUCGAAUUCAGACUGAACGAGUAUAAAACCAAAGAUGAGGUGAUGGCUGCAGCGUCAGCAAUCACACAAAUGUACGGUCACUCUACCAAUACUUUCCACGCGAUCCAGUACGCCAGUCAGUGGGGCUUCAAUCAGAAAAACGGCGCCCGGCCGGGCGCGGCCAAGGUGAUGGUGGUUGUCACGGACGGAGAGUCUCACGAUAUGGCUUUCAGAGAUACAGUCAUUGAAGAAUGCGAGAGGGACGGCAUCACCCGCUUUGGCAUCGCUGUCCUGGGUUAUUAUACCAGAAACAACAUCGACACGGAGAACCUGAUAAAGGAAAUAAAAUCCAUCGCCAGUUUACCCACGGAGAAGUUCUUCUUCAAUGUGUCUGAGGAGGCGGCUCUCUCCACCAUCACUGGGGCACUGGGGAACCGCAUCUUUAACAUAGAGGGCACUGGAAAAGGCGGUGACAACUUCAAAAUGGAGAUGUCCCAGGUCGGAUUCAGCGCCCACUACUCCAGCCAACAGGAUGUGAUGAUGCUGGGAGCAGUGGGAGCCUACGCUUGGAGCGGGACUGUCGUCCAUCAGAAGGGGUCAAAAGUAGACAUUUUUCCCUUCUCCGCCUUUGAGGGGGCUCUUCAAGACAGAAACCACAGUUCAUUACUCGGUUACGCCGUCACCACACUGAAUGAUGGGUCGACACUCUACUUUGUGGCCGGUGCGCCGCGCUCCAACCACUCUGGACAGGUCAUCGUCUACACUGUCAACGCUCACAAGCAAACGGCCAUUAUAGAUUCCGAAAGAGGGAAGCAGAUCGGGUCGUACUUCGGAAGCAUCUUAUGCUCCCUGGACGUGGACAAAGACGGGGUGACUGACCUCCUUCUGGUGGGUGCGCCCAUGUUCAUGAGUGAGCUGAAGAGAGAGGAGGGCAGGGUCUAUCUGUUCUCGGUUACCAAGGGUAUACUGAACGAGCAGGGAUUCCUCGACGGGCCGUCCCCGACUGAGGAUGCGCGUUUUGGGAUGGCCAUCUCCGCCAUUCCCGACCUGAACCUCGAUGGUUUCAACGAUGUUGUAGUUGGUGCACCACUGGAGGACAAACAAAAAGGCGCCAUUUACAUCUACAACGGAGAGAAGAAGACAUUAAACAAGCAGUUCUCACAGAGAAUCUCUGGCUCCAAACUGGAUCCUCAGUUGCAGUAUUUCGGAAGGUCCCUCGACAGCUACAAAGACCUGAAUGGUGACACACUCCCGGACAUCUCGGUCGGUGCCUAUGGCAAAGUGGUGCAGCUCUGGUCCCGGGGUGUGGCGUCGGUCACGGCUACAGCUUCUUUCAACCCCGACAAAAUCAACAUUUUCAACAAACCCUGUAACGUCAAUGGGCGCAAGCUCUCGUGCUUCAACGCCAACCUCUGUUUCAGAUCCUCGUUCAGGCCCGCGAGCCCCGUCGGACCCGUUGAUGUAUCCUACACUUUGACUCUGGACGCUGACCUGCAGGCUUCGCGGGUGACGUCGAGAGGCCUGUUCACAAAAAACAACGAACGCCUCCUCACAGAAAAUGCGCAAGUGUCAUCUACGCCCCUGUGUCGGGACUAUCAGGUUUACGUUCAGGAGACACCCGACUUCGUCAACUCCCUCAGUCUGAAAGUGGAAAUCGAGCAGAGCAGCGCCAACGCCAAUCCCGUCCUCGAUAAGUUUUCCCCAAGUGCCGCACAGUUCUUCAUCCCCUUCACAAAAGACUGUGGCGCUGACGAUGUGUGCAUCAGCGAUCUGGUGCUGAGUGUGAAGACGGACACAAAGGCGUCCAGUUCAGCUCCCGUUCUGGUCAGCGCUAAUGACCGAGAACUGUCAUUCGAAGUCGUUGUGAGGAACAAGAAGGAGAACGCGUACAACUCCCGGGUCUCGGCCACGUUCUCCAGCAACCUCUACUACUCCUCCGUCUCCCCUGUCACAGACAGCGUCAAGUGCACCUCAACACAAACACAAACUGUCACUUGCCUCGUGGGAUACCCAGCAUUAAAAAAGAAUGACGAGGUCAAAUUUCAAAUCAACUUUGAAUACAGCCUUGAUCAGUUGCAAAACCGCGCAGAUGUGAAGUUCGAGGCCAAGAGUGAUGGUAAAGAGGAAAGACCUGCGGACAACAACGUGGACAUAUCCAUCCCUGUCCAAUAUGAUGCAGGGAUUGUUUUAUCCAGGCAAUCAAAUAUCAAUUUCUACGUGGCAAAUUCUACCGGUGCGGUCGUAACAACGUUGAAAACUCUAGAUGACAUCGGCCCGGAGUUUAACUUUACAGUGAAGGUUUCAACGGGCAACUUCCUGGUCAACCUCCUGUAUCUGACCAUCGCCGUGCCGGUCGCCUCUAAAGGGGGAAAUCAGCUCCUCUAUGUUUCGAAAGUGGAAACACAAGCAGGAGGUUCUGUCAGCUGUGAUUCCAGCAGCCUGGUCGACCCUCUGAAGAUCGGGGUGAAAGACCACAGAGUGUCCUUCUCCGAGGAGAGCUUCCGAGGCACGGAGAAACUGGACUGCACCAGUGCCAAAUGCGAGUCUUUGAAAUGCAUCCUCAAAGACACCAAAGUGCAGAGUGACUACUUUGUGACAGUCAGGACAAGGAUCUGGAGUGGCACGUUUAUUUCGGCCACCUAUCAGAGCGUCGAGCUGACCUCCAGCGUCGACGUCGAGACGUCCGACCCCGAUCUCCUCGUCAUCGGCCUCAAACAGCUGCCAGUGGUGGUGACGGUCAGUAAACCAGGAGAGAAAGGGGACGUUCCGGUGGGAGUGAUAGCCGGCAGCGUCAUUGGCGGACUGCUGCUGUUGGCCCUGGCUGUUGGACUACUGUGGAAGUUUGGGUUUUUCAAAAGAAAGUACCAGCAGCUUCAGAGGGAGGCCGGAGAAGACGGGCAGAGCCUCGCACAUGUUGAUGAAGUGCUGUGAAGUGAAGAGGAAAAACCUGCAGCCCUCUCUCUCUCUCUCCCCCGCCGGGUUGUUUCCAGUAGAUACUGGUACUUCUCACUGGUUCUUAUAAAGUGCAAAUGGACUAAAGCUCAGUCACUGGAAAUAUGGCAUUUUGAUGAAAUGCAAGCAGUUCAGGUUUGUGGAUAACUGGGAUUAGACUCGUUUUGCUUUGUGGACUGCAAGUUUUCUAUUUGCGCUCAUGCACUGACUCUGAAUGAAAGUCAAGGCUGUGUUUUUUACCCCAACAUGACAGAAGCAUUUAUACAAUUCUUUAUUCGGGCCUUGGAUGACAUUAUUCAUCUGGAUGCAAAUGUUACCAUCCUGGGUGUUACACUGUAAAAGGCAUCACAGUUUCCUUCAGAAAAACAUUUGUCAAAAUAUUGACCUUUGAAGCACAAACACACACACACACACACACACACACACACACACACACACACACACACACAGUGUAGGCAGUCCAGCUGUAGCAAAAAGAUCUGCCUUGAGAUCCACUGUCACCUCUGACACUCAGGACUUUAAGUGCAUUAAGACUGUUGAGUAUAGUUCAAAUAUCCUGAAAAGAGUGAAAUAGGUUUCUUUGUGUUCGUACUGUAUAUAGUGUAAAACAAAAUGAUGAUCUUUCUUAUUGGGUUUGACACAAGGAAAGAUAAUGUGUUCUUUUUGUUAUUUUAAGAUAUUUAUGAUAUUGCUGAUGGGUUUUUUUAGAGGCACAUAUUGUCAUAUAACGUCAUAAUGUUCAGGGCUGCGCCGCAAAUUUUAUCACUAAAAAAAUUGUGCUUAUUAUUUCCUUAAUUAAGGGGUUUUGCAGAGUAGUUGUUUCAGGAAAAAGGCUAAUUGCAAGUCUUUCAGGUUACAAACUGAGGAAUUCAAAUUGGUUGUUUCGCCCCAAAUAUUAUCCAAAACCAAAUCUAUUCACAUCACUGACAUACAACAUGAACAAACGCAGUUUGAACCAAAUGUUUUUUUGCUCAAACCGAUUUAAAUCGAUUAUGCCAAACUAGUUGCCAAUUAAUUUUCUGUCGGUGAGUUCUAAAUGAUAGACUGACCAACAUUAUUUAUCUGUUGGGCAAAAAGACAUAGGCAUAUGUCGAUGUGUUCCCCGUGUGCAAAUUCUCUUCAUUACAUAGGUGAUGCAUCCUUUAGUUGUUUAAUGCUAAAAGCAACUGUUAAAUUUGACUUAAAAACAUCUGCAACUUCGUUUCUUAUCCUCAAUGUAGGAAGUUUGUUGAGCGUUUGAUCAAAGUUGAUGCUGCACAAACGGAAUGUGUAAUGUCAUUGCUUUGCCACAAGAUGGCAGCAUGAUGUAGAUGACAUGUUGCCCACUGCUCUGUUGAUGCCUUGAACGCUCAAUACCCCUGUCAAUUAGUGCAUCAUAAUUUAUGACCCAUUUUGGAUUGAGUUUCUAUUUCUGUCUCUAGUUUUUGUUCUCCUCCUCUCCUCUCCUUUGCUCUCCUCUUCUCCUCUCUUCUCCUCUCCUCUCCUCUCCUCUCUCUCACCCUUCCCCUUGACAUGCACCACUUCCUUCCAAACAUCAUAUGAAUUUUAAAAAAAAUUCCUUCAACCACCAUUAAUUUCUUCCCUCAUUUUUGACUGUCGUCUUCUCCCACCGUUAGGUUAGUGUGUCCCUUGGCUGUUUUCGGAAUGUGUUUCUGAAUAUUUUCGCCCUUUUUUUCCUGCCAACUCCUGCACCCAGCAGAAUCUUUAGCAUUCAUUUUCUUUGGAUCCGGCUCACUGGAAUAUGCUAUUCGUCUCUAAUAAGUAGCAUGUUUAUUGGUUGCCUGGGCUCGGGGCCCGCUUGUUGGAGGGGAAUAUAUAGAAUUUGAUAAAUGAUUGGACUGGUCUGUUCCACAAUUACUCAUGCUCUACGGUGUUGUGAAAUAGCCUUUUGGAUCUUAUUUAUAUGUGCACAGGGAGCAAUGUGGAAAUACUUGAUGAAAUCAGAUACAAGUGGAAAUGGUUGAACACCUUUGUAAUUCCAGCCCUCUGGGGUUUCCUGCAGAUGAUUGACAAAACGACUGACCCAUGCCACAGCGGGAUGAUUGCUCUUAAAUUGCUGCGACUCAAAAAUGAUGUCAUAAAUUAUUUGAUAACA